ACACCAGCGUCAACCAGGACAACGACAGAGAAAAAUACGUUGUUAGCCACUCGCGUCUGUUGAUUUCUUACAUUGAAGCUGAACAGACGAUACGCCAGAACACCGUAGGAACCUAUGGCGCAGAACAUAACAAUAGAGGAUGUUAUUAAUACGUCCCAUCACAUCCUUGAGAAGUCGUUGGUAACGGCGGGUACUUAUAUGGAGAAGGUCCCGGGCGGGUCGAUUGUUGUUCGUUAUAUCAAGUCGUCGCAUCGAAAUGAUCCAAUAAGAACAUUGUUGGAGCUUGGACUGCUGGUCUUUGCUAUUAGAUACUUCACCACGUCGAGAUCCUCUGUGAAGAAGAAAGGGUUUGUGAAACUGACACAGGCUGAGGUUGAUGACCUGUGCGAGGAUUGGGAGCCGGAACCCCUGGCCGUUCCCGUUGAUGAGCGCGAGCAAUGGCAGCUAGACUCCAUACCAGUGAACGAGGCUGCUAUCGUAGCCCAUGUUAAGCUCCAGGGAUACGAUAAUAAGAAGAUGAUAAACGCAGCCACCCUAAACUUUCUGGAUCUCGGUUCAAACGAAUACAUCAAACAUGAAGUACAAAAAGUGAUAAGAAACACAGGUGUUGGUGCGUGUGGCCCACCAAACUUUUACGGAAAUCAAGAUAUCCACAUCAAAUUGGAGAAUGAUUUGGCACAGUUCUUUGGCUCUGAAGGGUGUGUCCUGUACGGUCAAGAUUUCACGACAGCAGGUUCGGUGUUACCUUCAUUCUUGAAGAGAGGCGAUUUUGUUGUUGCAGAUGCGAAUUGUAAUCUUGCAAUCCAAAAGGCGUUACAACUAUCAAGAGCAAACGUUUACUGGUAUAAACAUAACGAUAUGGAAGAUUUGGAGAGAAUCAUGUUUGCACUUCGCGAUGAUUUCUUCAAGUAUGAGAAACCUAUCUCUAGAAAAUUCAUCGUCACAGAAGGAUUGUUUGCAAAUGUUGGAGACUAUCCAGAUUUGAACAAGGUUAUUCAACUGAAGGAGAAGUUCAAAUUCCGUAUCUUUUUGGAUGAGUCCCUGUCCUUUGGUGUCUUGGGUAAGAGUGGACGUGGAUUACCAGAACACUUUGGAAUCCCUCGUUCCAAAAUUGACAUCUCCAUUGCGUCAAUGGCGAAUGCGUUCAACUCAAGUGGUGCAUUCUGCAUUGGUGAUAAAGUCAUGUCCUACCACCAAAGAAUUGGUUCUUUGGCUUAUUGCUUUUCAGCCUCCUUACCUCCAUACACAGCAAGAGCCACUUCCUUGGCAUUGGAACUAAUCAACAAGGAUCGUGAGUAUGGCGAAUCACCGCUAAUGUCCAAGCUGCACAAGUACAGCGGACAGUUGUACGAUUCUUUUACAAAUGAUAAGAAGCUGGAAAAGUUGGUUAUAAUCAGAUCCGCCAGAGAAUCAUCUGUAUUGCAUUUACAAAUCCAUCCAGACAUCAGACUUCGUCUGGGACUACCACUCUCGUAUACCGGCUCAGGCUCGGAGAUGGAGAAGCGUGUUAAGAAAGGUUACAGCGACAAGUUCAUCGAGGCCCUGAACAACGAACAGUUCCUCCUCCAGAGCGUUGUUAACCAAUGUCUCAAGCAAGGCGUUGUUGUUAUGAGACCUGCAUAUUCAUGGGCCCAAGAGAUUGCACCUCUAGUACCACACCUUCGCGUAUCGGUUAACGUUGGCUUGAGUGAGAAGGAGGUUAAGGAGAUCCACAAGGUUGUUUCAAACGCUAUUCAGAACGUGAUUAAAGACAUCACCCUCGAAGAGUUUGAGACCCAGUUGGAAGCGAAAUGAUCACAGGCCUCGCACGUAUACAACCACUCAUAUACACACAUAUAUAUAUACUUAUACGUAAUUAUAUUCCCCCUAAUAAUACUAAUCUCUCC